ACAGUACAAAUUGUGUUACACAAUCACUCUCACUGACUAAGGAUACCUUGCACAUAGAAACUGCGGGUGCCUAUGCGUACAACCGGACUGUAAGGUUUGAUCCACUCACACCGGGAAGGACACAUUCUUUUUGUAGAAUGGAUGUUACCCGGUCACGUCACGUACUGGCCUUGACCUGCUUGGCUGGUUUGAUCACACUGUCACCGGGCCAAGUUUCUAUGACGGGGAAAGAGCGCCAUCCAGUGGAGUCUGAGGAUACAGGGUUCCCCUCUGCAAAGUACCAUGACUACAUCAUAGUGGGCGCAGGUCCCUCCGGGCUACAGUUCGGGUACUUUCUCCAGCGGUCUGGGCGAGACUACGUCAUCCUAGAGAAGGGGGACUCCGCCGGUACCUUCUACAAAACGUACCCCCGUCAUAGGAAGCUGAUCAGUAUUAACAAACGAUACACAGGCAAAACGAACAAGGAGUACAACUUGCGUCAUGAUUGGAACAGCCUACUCAGUGAUGACGAGACUCUGCGCAUGACACGGUACUCGGAAGAAUUCUUUCCCAGUGCCGACAUCUACGUGCAGUACCUGAACGACUUUGCAAGAAAACUGCAACUUCAGAUACAGUACGGAGUCAACGUUCAAAGAAUCUGGAAGACUGGCAAAGACGAAGAAAACUUCUACAUGCGAGAUCAAAAUGGCAAUAUCUUCACUUGCAGGUACCUGGUAGUGGCGACGGGGAUUUGGGUUCCGAAUGAACCAGACUUUGUGGGGAAGGAACACGUCAUCGGUUACGAGAACAUGUCCUUAGACCUGGACCGGUACAGGGGAAAGACCGUCCUUAUUCUGGGGAAAGGCAACUCGGCUUUCGAAACAGCCGACUACAUCCAGCCCGUGACUAACUACAUCCACCUGUUCUCACGUUCGCGUGUGAAGCUUGCGUGGGAGACACACUAUGUAGGAGACCUCAGAGCUGUCAACAACGGAUUGAUCGACACGUACCAGCUGAAGGCUCUGGACGGCGUCCUGUACACAGACAUCAACAACAUGCAGGUCACCAAACAUGGCGACCAGUUCAACAUCAAGCUGUUGAACGACACAGAACACAGGGGCCUGCACGAUAACUUCGCAGCCAGGGCGCCGUAUGACGUCAUCAUCCGGGCACUUGGCUUCCAUUUUGACGACAGCAUUUUUGACACGAAUAUCAUGCCUAACCUGGGCAAGGGUGAGAAGAAGAAGUAUCCUGCUAUCAAACCUAACUACGAGUCCGUUAACGUGAAGGGGCUGUUUUUUGCCGGCACCAACACUCAUUCCCUGGACUUCCGCAAGUCCGCUGGUGGAUUCAUUCACGGGUUCAGAUACACGAUGCUGCCUACUACCCAAGUUAUGAACACGCUUCUGAAGAGAAUGAACGAAGCCUCUGGACUGUACCAAAUGUACAGCGUUCUGGGGGACAUUAUCAUUAUCAACGACGCGUCUGGCUCUGUGUACUUGGAAGAGGUUCCUGUUCAACUUCUACCACAACUAGAGAAAGUCACUGGACAUUCUGCUCCCAACAAGGUCAUUGUCAUGGCAAUGGAAUUCGGUAAAAACUUUUCAGGCCCUGGUACGGACCCACUACGACACGGAACUGCAACGGCAGUACCUAAAGACGCGCACAAGGCAGGGUUCCUCCACCCUGUACUGUACUACUAUUCUCACUUACCCUCAGCUGACGACAUGCUCCACCGCCCCCCGGGAUGGAUCCUACCCCGCCCCACCAGCCUCCACCACGUCAUAGAAGACUUCCUGUUCGACUUCAGCUCCCCAGUGAGUCACGUCCUGCAUCUCAGGCGGUUCCUAGACGGCGUGUUCGGCUUGGACACAAGGAACUACUUCGCCGAGUCGUGUUUCCAGAUGGCGAUGACUCACAGAAGUGUUCCCAAGACCUGCCAGGAACAGUACCUACGCGGUGAAGGGUUAGCACACAUUAGGACGUAGACCAGUUCUCAAUCAAAUGUGCGAAAUGCUGUCGCCACUCUUUACGAGUAGACAUGAGCCAAAUCACGGACCUCAUCAUUGCCUUCUUCACUUUGCCACUACACUUACUAUGUUUCACGAAAAAUGUACCACAACACUACGGUAACGUUGGUCGAUGACUUGGAAGAAAUUAUAGCGGCUGGUUUGGAGAGAUGUACACUGUUACAAGAAGUACAAGUAAGCUAGAUGCCAACACCCCUCCACACCGAAUGUAAUAGUCUAGUCAUGACUAUUGAAUAGUGUGUGUGCCCUGAAGUACGCGAGAUCAAGUAAUAAGAACGUCUUCACCAUCCGACAUGGGGCUGAGCACACGACUUCCUGUAAACUACUAACACUAUGGAAUACAGCUCUAAAAUGCACUGGAUCCGUCUCUGUCUUAU